GUUAAAACUAGUUUAGGAGGGGGCACACACCAUUCCCUAUUACAUCCCCCUAUUUCGCGUCAACGUCCUUUUCAGUUAAAAAGAGAAUUGACACUUUUUAGAUCUAAAUAAGAAAGAAGACGAAUAAUCAGAAGCCGAAGCAGAGGAGGAGGAAAUGGACAAUGGGGAUAUUGAGGGCGCAGAUGAAGAAUUCCCGGGUCGAAUAAGCGGGCGCAAGUACCGGCCCGUUGUGGCCAAUGAUCGCGCCGUGCUCCAGAUGUCUUCCAUGGAUCCUGGGUCCUCCUCCACCACCGCUACCUUCUCAAAUCACCAAGCUUCCCUCAAAAAAAUUAAAGCGGGCACACAGGCAACCAUGGAUACCGAUUUGAAAGAAGGGUCUUUGCCGACACAUGAGCAAGCUAAUGGACCACAGGGAGACUCGAAACUGGAAUUGUUUGGUUUCGAUUCUCUUGUCAAUAUUCUUGGUCUCAGGAGUAUGACAGGGGAGCAGAUUCCGGCACCUUCAAGUCCUAGAGAUGGUGAGGAUGUCGCUAUUACCAUUGGGCAGCCUAAGCCUGCUGAACUCAAACUGGGUACCCUGAUGGGUGUAUUUGUCCCUUGCUUACAAAGCAUACUGGGAAUUAUCUACUACAUCCGAUUUUCAUGGAUUGUUGGUAUGGCUGGCAUAGGUGAGUCUCUGUUGCUGGUAUCUUUCUGUGGCUUGUGCACUUUUCUGACUGGAAUAUCACUGAGUGCCAUUGCAACUAAUGGUGCGAUGAAGGGUGGGGGACCAUACUAUCUCAUUGGUCGUGCCCUUGGUCCAGAAGUUGGAGUUAGCAUUGGACUCUGUUUUUUCCUUGGGAAUGCAGUUGCUGGAGCCCUGUAUGUGUUAGGAGCUGUUGAAACCUUUCUGAAAGCCGUGCCAGCUGCUGGCAUUUUUAGAGAGACCAUCACAAAUGUUAAUGUCACAGCAGUUGAGCGAGUAGAAAGUCCAAGUUCACAUGACUUGCAAAUUUAUGGGAUUGUUGUGACUAUCGUUCUAUGCUUUAUUGUAUUUGGUGGUGUGAGGAUGAUCAAUCGGGUUGCACCUGCUUUCCUUGUACCUGUUCUAUUCUCGCUGUUCUGCAUAUUCAUAGGGAUCUUUUUGGCAAGGAAGGACAAACCUGCACUUGGAGUCACGGGCUUGAGUUUGGAAACUUUCAAAGAAAAUUGGAGUCCAGGUUAUCAGAAUACUAAUGAUGCCGGUGUUCCUGAUCCAGAAGGAAGUGUAUACUGGAAUUUUAAUGCAUUGGUCGGUCUUUUUUUCCCUGCUGUAACGGGAAUUAUGGCAGGUUCAAAUCGAUCAGCUUCACUGAAAGAUACUCAGCGUUCAAUUCCCGUAGGGACAUUGGCUGCCACACUAACAACUACUGUGUUGUAUCUAGUUUCUGUAUUGUUAUUUGGAGCCCUUGCUACCAGAAAGAAGCUAUUGGCGGACAGGCUUCUUACGGCUACAGUUGCUUGGCCUUUCCCAGCCAUCAUUUACAUUGGAAUCAUUCUUUCAACGUUAGGAGCUGCUCUUCAGAGCCUGACAGGUGCCCCACGCCUUCUUGCAGCAAUAGCCAAUGAUGACAUCCUGCCUAUUCUUAACUACUUCAAGGUUGCAGAUGGCAGUGAGCCACACAUUGCUACCCUUUUUACCGCGUUCAUCUGUAUUGGGUGUGUCGUAAUUGGGAACCUGGAUCUUAUCACACCAACUGUAACUAUGUUUUUCCUUCUGUGUUAUGCGGGUGUGAACUUAUCUUGCUUCCUUCUGGAUCUUCUGGACGCUCCCAGCUGGCGUCCUCGAUGGAAAUUUCACCACUGGAGCCUCUCACUUCUUGGAGCAUCACUUUCCAUAGUGAUAAUGUUCUUAAUCUCUUGGUCAUUCACCAUAGUGUCCUUAGCCCUUGCAAGCCUUAUAUAUUACUAUGUGAGCAUUAAAGGAAAGGCUGGGGACUGGGGUGAUGGUUUCAAGAGUGCAUAUUUCCAGCUAGCUCUUCGCAGUCUUCGAUCAUUAGGAGCAAACCAAGUGCAUCCAAAGAAUUGGUAUCCAAUCCCCCUGGUGUUCUGCAGGCCAUGGGGGAAACUGCCAGAAAACGUACCCUGCCAUCCAAAACUUGCUGACUUUGCAAACUGCAUGAAGAAAAAGGGUCGUGGAAUGUCUAUCUUUUUCUCCAUACUUGAUGGAGACUAUCAUGAACUUGCUGAAGAUGCCAAGGUCGCCUGCAAGCAGCUAGGUGCCUACAUUGACUACAAGCGAUGUGAAGGUGUAGCAGAGAUAGUUGUAGCACCUAAUAUGUCAGAGGGCUUCCGUGGUAUUGUCCAAACCAUGGGCCUCGGUAACCUCAAGCCAAACAUUGUGGUGAUGCGUUACCCUGAAAUAUGGCGUCGUGAAAACUUAACUGAAAUACCUGCCACCUUUGUUGGAAUAAUAAAUGACUGUAUUGUUGCAAACAAGGCAGUUGUUAUUGUUAAAGGUCUUGACGAGUGGCCCAACGAGUAUCAGAGACAGUAUGGUACGAUAGAUUUGUAUUGGAUUGUGAGAGAUGGCGGUCUCAUGCUUCUCCUCUCCCAGCUCCUUCUUACCAAGGAGAGCUUUGAGAGUUGUAAAAUUCAAGUCUUUUGCAUUGCAGAGGAGGAUUCUGAUACAGGGGGGCUCAAGGCUGACGUGAAGAAGUUUCUGUAUGAUCUUCGGAUGCAUGCUGAGGUGAUUGUCGUAACGAUGAAAUCAUGGGAUGCAGAAGUAGAGGGUGGGUCGCAGCAAGAUAAAUCAUUAGAUGCAUUUACUGGUGCGCAGCAUCGAAUUACUCGAUAUUUAUCUGAGAUGAAGGAGGCAUCCGAGAGAGAAGGAACGCCACUGAUGGCAGAUGGAAAGGCCGUUGUUGUGAAUGAGCAGCAGGUGGAGAAGUUUCUUUACACCACUCUGAAGUUGAAUUCAACAAUACUGAGAUACUCGAGAAUGGCUGCAGUUGUGCUUGUUAGCCUACCACCACCUCCAGUGAACCACCCGGCAUAUUUCUACAUGGAGUACAUGGAUUUGUUGGUGGAGAAUGUCCCGAGGCUUUUGAUGGUAAGAGGAUACCGCAGAGAUGUUGUAACUCUGUUCACAUAGUUGUCAAUGGGGUGCAUUCCUGGACGGUAAUCACAUGAUGUUUAUAUUUUUUUUCUUCUUUACCCCCCUUUCUUUAAUUUUUGUAGUUUCAAUGUUACAUUCAUUCUUUCUAUCGUCUUCGUGCUAAUACCGGCGUUUUAUUCUUUUUCACUAAUGUAGAGUUUUUGGAAUCACAUGGUCCGUUAUAGGGGAGUCCAUAAGUUCAAUACAUGGUUUAUAGACUCUAGAAUCAAACUUGUAUUUUUUUUUGGUCAGUGAAAUGAGAUCGGAGCUUCUUUUUGUUUA